AUGCUCCAGGUCCUCACCCUGGGCUUGAUACUGUCCCUGUUCACAGCAGUAGUCCACGCAAACGUGGAAAAAAACAUUUUUCUAGCUCCCCCAGAAACAACAAUUCCAUCAGAGCAGCCAGACCUCGACGACCUAGGUCUAGAGCGGCUAUCACCUCAAAAUCCCAUAGUGCGCACCCGACUCAAUGCAUCAUUCCCAACAACCGAUGCACCAAAUGGUGUGGAAUCAUGGUUCUUCCUGGAGAACCUGAAUCCAGGGCAGCGGUAUGAAGUGCGGGUUUGUUGGUUAGCGACUCAACCAACAUCCUUCACCCUAUCAACAUACCCCCUCAACCAAACAAUCUCCAACAAGACCCUCCUAAGCUCCCUAAGCAUCUACACAAACGCUCGCCUAGCAAGUCUAGACAACGAACUGCAAUCAAACAGCAUCCAAAGACACACCAUCCGUCCACCCAGCAAAAAAGGCGGAAAUGACCCGUUAGACCCAUCUCCAACAAGCGACUCAGUUCUAUUCCUGCGGAUCCACGCCGCGGCUGAUUACUUCAGCACUGAUGCUGCAUUGAUGCGUGAUGUACCGGCUGUAGCGGUUGAUGUUAUUCUUGAUCCGUUUUUGAUGAAUGUUUUCCCGCGGUCGCUUGUGCCGACUGCGUUGUGGAUAUUGGCUGUUGCUUUGCUUGCUGCUGUUGUUUCUAAAUGGGUUGCCGGGGAGGUUGGGAGGGUUGUUGAGGAUGCGCGGGGGCAGAGUGUUCUUGAGGAUAUGAAGAAGAAAUAG